AUGAAAAAAGCUGCCAAAGGCACUCCUGGCAAGCCAAAGGGAGGUCCAGCUACCGCCGAAGAAGCAGGAGUUCCCAGCGACGCUGCUGCCUACCUAGCAUCAUUAGAAGAUCCCGAAGUCAUUGAACGAGUUCGCUGCGUCAUCAACGAUGCGCAUGUUUUCAAGCUACCACCUAGACAAACUGCAGGUGGAUGGAGAGGCGCCGACUGGGACCAAGAAGUUUGGCAAGGAAUGGUCAAGGUAGUCGAACGAGGCGAUUUGACAGUGGUACUGCUAGUGGACCGGAAUACAGGAGCUAUUUUUGCGGUUUGUCCCGUCAAAGAUGGAGCGGUAGACAGAUGUGUGGAUUCCAGUCGCUAUUUUGUGGUCCGUGUAGAGAAUGCCAAUGGACGACAUAUGUUUGUUGGUAUGGCAUUUAAUGAGCGAAACGAUGCCUUUGAUUUCAACACUUCUUUGGAGGAUUCUCGGAAGGAACGAGAAUUAGAAAAGAAUCCAGUCGAUCUACCAACGAUACCCGCCAAAGACUAUCGGCUGAAGGAAGGAGAAAAGAUCAAGGUUAAGAUUGGCAAGGUUGGGAGUGGAACUACAGGAGAACGAAAGGGCAAGCCGAAAAAGCCCGCUGGUGGCGGUGGUGGAUUCUUGAAACCAUCGUCAAAGGAUACCCCUCGGCGAACCUCAGGAAUGUGA